AUGGCGAAACUCCCUGAGGUCCGCGAGUUUCUAAGCCGAUGCCUGGCACAGACCAUUAAUGCGUCGGAGAACGAACAACUAAAUUCUAUGGCUAAUCUCUAUAUUAAGAAUACCACCAAGACCUUGAAUUUAUUGAAGAACCACUUGAACGCGGACGACUUCUCGACUCAGUACGUGUCUGUCUACAAGGAGCAUGUUAUGCUUUUAAGCAAGAUCCGUGAGCUACAAGUAGUGCUCGAGAAGAAGCAUAAGCAUGCAAAGAUAAAGACGAUAGCGGGGUUUGGUUUAUUCGUGACUGCGUUUGUCCCUUUUGUCGCUGUAUCGUUCGUAAGCGCGUCGCCGAUGAACCCACAGAUUCAAAAUGGAGCGGAAAAUCUCAUUCGGAAGUUAUGGGAGCUCCCUGACGUGUUGAAGGACUCUGAGAGAAGUCUGUGGAGGCGGAGAUUGAAACAAGAAGUUCUAAACAACUGUGGCAACAAGAUUGAUUAUUUCGCAGACAUUUACAAGGUUGACUUCACUAGUGAUUUGAAGAUGAUUCCUCGUAGUUUCCAAGAUGAUUCCUCGUACUCUCUUGAUCUUGAGCAAGAUUCUUAUCCAAGUUGA